AUGUACCCACGCGAGUUGACCAAGCGAGUACUACGAAAAGUUGACUGGAUCCUGAUACCUUUAGUCGCUGGAACUUACAUGUUGCAUUUCGUCGACAAGAUGGCAUUGUCGUAUGCCGCCGUGUUUGACCUCUUUCCCAGCACUGGAAUCACUCAGGUACAAUAUGCGUGGUUUGGCAGCAUCUUCUACUUCGCCUACAUGGCGGCCGAGUAUCCCUUGGUGUGGCUCGCACAAAAGACACGAAUGGCAAAGGUUAUCGCCGGCUGUGUCUUGGGCUGGGGCGCGGUCAUGAUGCUUACCGUAGCUUGUGAUAGCUUUGUUGGAAUGGCUGCCUGUCGAUUCUUCCUUGGUGUCUUUGAGGCCCCAACAACAACAUGCUUCAUGAUGAUGGUGGCGAUGUGCGUUGGCAUGAUGCUGGCAGGAGUGCUGAACCUAGCUAUUGGAAGGAUAACGAUAAUCCCCGUCUGGAAAGCAGUAUUCUUGGUCAAUGGCGGGAUGACGAUAGUCUGGGGCCUUCUUCUACUUAUCUUCCUACCCGAUGAUGUCAUAUCGGCCAAGCGCUUUACACUGGAAGAGAAAGCCCUCCUAAUCGCUCGCGGACGACUCGCACGAACUGGAAUCCUUAACAAGACAGUGAGGCUAUAUCAAGUCAAAGAAGCUUUCAAAGAUCCCCAAGUCUGGCUGCUCGCCGUUCUGAUGUUCCUCAAUGAGGUUGUCAACGGCGGCCUGUCCAAUUUCGGAAAGCUCAUCCUCAAAGAUGUGACCAAGGAUCCUUUCCGAACAGUCGCUCUCGGCAUCCCAGCUGGCGUAUUCGGUAUCUCGUGGAUACUUUCAGGAACUUGGCUAGCAUCUAAGCUUCCCAACUUUCGAACCCACGUCAUGGCUUUGUACAACAUCCCUACGAUAAUAGGCAUCUCCCUGCUGUGGAAACUGGAUAGGACAAAACAUGAGAUUGGGCUUCUGUUCGCCUACUACAUCGUCACCGGGUACAUCGUCACGCUAUUUCUUGGUAUGCAGAUGCCUGCAACAAAUCUAGGAGGAUAUACAAAGCGCACCACAGGCAGCGUGAUAGUCUUCAUGUCGUACUGCAUUGGCAACAUCCUCGGGCCGCACGCAUUCAGGGGAGAAGAGGCGCCACUCUAUCCUACGGGAUGCAAGGUCAUCAUCGCAUGUUGCAUUGGCCAAAUCAUCCUAGCAUACGCGCUGCGUCUGCUGUUAACACGGCGGAACAAAGAAAGAGACAGACAAGCGACCGAGAUCGGUUUGAGCGAGGAGAUUGUUGACACGUUAAAAGACCGUACAGAUUUCGAGAACCCACAUUUUAGAUAUGUUUUGUAA